AUGAAUUCUCAUACAGCUGAUAUGCCUACUACUACCCUUACAAGUGCAGAUGAAAAGAUUACUUACGAUGCCAUUAUCGUUGGUGCCGGUGUCAUUGGUCCUUGUGUUGCUGCAGGUCUAGCACGUAAAGGUAAGAAAGUCCUAAUUGUUGAACGUGAAUGGGCUCAACCUGAUAGAAUUGUCGGGGAAUUGAUGCAACCAGGUGGUGUUAGAGCUUUAAGAUCCCUAGGGAUGGUUCAAUCUAUUAACGGAAUUGGUGCUAUUCCUGUUACUGGUUACUCCGUCUUUUAUGAUGGUAAAGAAGUUGAUAUCACUUACCCUUACAAAGCUGAUUGUGAUAGAGUAGAAAAAGUUAAAGAUUUAGUUAAAGAUGGUAACGAUAAAGUACUAGAUGAUGAAACUAUUCACACUGCUGAAUACGAAGAUGAUGAACGUGAACGUGGUGUUGCAUUUGUUCAUGGUAGAUUUUUAAAUAAUUUAAGAAAUAUUGCUAGACAUGAACCUAAUGUCACUGCUUUACAAGGUGAUGUAAUCCAAAUUUUGAAAAACAAAGAAAGUGAAGUUAUUGGUGCCAGAGUUGAUAUUGAAGGUCGUGGUAAAAUUGACUUCCAUGCUCAUUUAACUUUUGUAUGUGACGGUAUUUUCUCUCAUUUCAGAGCAGAAUUGAGCCCUGAACAUGUCCCAUCUAUUGGCUCUUCCUUUGUUGGUAUGUCUCUUUUCGAUGCUGAUGUUCCAGCUAAGAAUCAUGGUCAUGUUAUUUUAGGUUCCAACCAUAUGCCUAUUUUAGUUUAUCAAAUCUCCGAAACCGAAACUAGAAUCCUUUGUGCUUAUAACUCUGGUAAAUUACCAAAGGACCUAAAGGCUUGGAUGACUAAUGAUGUUCAACCAUAUAUUCCAAAAUCUUUGAGACCAAGUUUCGAUGCUGCUUUAGCUCAAGGUAAAUUCAAGCCAAUGGCUAACAAAUACUUACCAGCUAGAGCUAAUGAUGUUACAGGUCUAUGUGUCAUUGGUGAUGCUUUGAACAUGAGACAUCCAUUAACUGGUGGUGGUAUGACUGUCGGUUUACAAGAUGUUGUCCUAUUAAUGAAUAAGAUUGGUGAUCUAGACUUCUCAGAUAGAGAAACUGUUCUAGAUGAAUUAUUAGAUUACCACUAUGAAAGAAAACCAUUUGACUCUGUUAUUAACGUAUUAUCUAUUGCUUUGUAUUCCUUAUUUGCAGCUGAUACUAAGAAUUUGAAAGAGUUACAAAGAGGUUGUUUCAAAUACUUCCAAAGAGGUGGCGACUGUGUUAAUGUACCAGUCAGUUUCUUAGCUGGUUUAAAACCAAGUCCUUUACAAUUGACUCGUGUCUUCUUUGCCGUCGCUUUCUACACUGUCUAUUUGAAAAUCGAAGAACGUGGUUUCUUAGGUCUUCCAAUGGCGCUACUCGAAGGUAUCAUGAUCUUAAUCACUGCUGUCAGAGUCUUCACACCAUUCCUUUUCCGUGAAUUGAUUGGUUAA